AUGGAAGGCUACAACCACACCAAAGUUGUUGAAUUCAUCAUUGUGGGAUUCCCACAUCUUCAGCACCUCCAAAGUCUCUUUUUCGUUUUGCUCCUCAUCGUCUACUUCUUCACUAUCUUUGGCAAUCUGUUGGUUUUCACGAUCAUCCAUACAGAUUGCCGGCUCCGUACUCCCAUGUACUUUUUCAUCAGCAUCCUUUCCUUCUUGGAGAUUUGGUACACAGCAACCACCAUUCCUAAGAUGCUGGCUAACCUGGUUAGUGAAAGGAAAAGCAUAUCCUUCACGGGGUGCCUCCUUCAAACCUACUUUUUCCACUCCCUUGGAGCCACCGAAUGCUACUUGCUCACCGCCAUGGCCUAUGACAGGUAUCUCGCCAUUUGUAAGCCCCUGAGAUACCCUUCAGUGAUGACAACCAAGACGUGCACGCAGAUGGCCGCCAGCUGCUGGGUCUGUGGCUUCAUGUGCCCCAUCACGGAAGUCAUCCUGGUCUCCAAGUUGCCCUUUUGUGGCCCCAACCAGAUCAAACAUAUCUUCUGUGACUUCCCGCCACUGCUCAGCUUGGCCUGUACGGACACCUCAAUCAACGUGCUGGUUGACUUUGCGGUCAACGCUUUCAUCAUUCUGGUGACUUUCUCGUUCAUCAUGGUCUCCUAUGCCAAGAUCAUCCAAACGGUCUUGAAGAUCCAGACCGCUGAGAGCCGCGAGAAGGCUUUCUCAACCUGUGCCUCACACCUGACAGUAGUCCUCCUUUUUUUUGGAAGCAUCAUUUUCAUGUACGUGAGACUGAAGACGAGCUACUCCUUAGAGUACGACAGAGCCUUUGCGGUGAUCUACGCCGUCCUGACUCCAUUAGUCAAUCCUAUAAUUUAUAGCCUUCGAAACAAAGAAAUCCUAAGGGCAAUAAAGAGGAGAAUUCACCUGAAGAGCCUCCUCAGACCUUGA